UUUUCCCUCGCCCACACGUUUCCGAAAAGAUUAAAAAAGUAGUGAACUUUUGGUAUUGUUUACAAAAUUGAGAAAGCAAAACACUGCAUACGUCUGCACCACGUCCGCACAGGAGAUAGACGAGAUUGGCAUAGACUGCUUUAGUACUGAACCUGAGAUGACAACAGAAUUGAGGUUAUGUUCACAGUGAUCAGCUGGUAUAUGUCGAUUGUCACUUGAGCAGCGCGUCGCUUGCUUGAAUUCAAUGUUGUCAUUUUAAAAAACACUGGUUGCAUGCUAUAUCGCUCCAUUUUUUAAGGAAAACAAAAAUAUUUAUUAUUUUAAUUAGAAAAUAUUUACAAAAAAAAUGUCUGGGAGAUUUUCAAAUACUCAACGUUCACCGAAAGAACGUAAAAAGGAUCUAGGAAGAUAUUUAACUAGAGCUCGAGCUCUCAAGGAGAAUUUUGGUUGCCAAACUGUGGCUAGUUUAAAUGAUGUAAUCGAAAAAGAAGAUGCUGUGAUAGACGAAACAACUCUGGAAGAAAAAAUCGAAAAUCAGAUGGAAGUGAUUAUUGACUCCGAAAUUAUGACCUGCACUUCUAAAAUUAUAGAGCAGUGCACAAUUUCUUUAUCCAAAGAUAUCAAUACGUACAACAGUGAAGAGUACGCAGAGAUGAUUCACCAGUACGUAGACCGAUUAUCAGACACGAUUCCAGAUGAAACGGAAGAUAUAAAUUGGCGAAGUUUGGAGACGGAAAUAGAGAAGCUUUUUAGAAAAACGCCCCAUUUCUCUACCCUUUCAGGUGCUCUUGAACCCUUACCAAGGAAAAUAAUCGAAAAAAGAGCUCCAAAUAAAAGAGAUGCAAAAGCAACUACUAAGAGACCUGAAAAUGUUGUUGCAACGGAAAAAGAAGACCUCAGUGUGGAGCAGACUGUCGAGAAAAUUCGAAAGCUGAUUAUUCGACACCACAAGGAAUAUAAAACGCCGCUUGAUUAUUUCCGACUGAUACUUCAUCCAACAGAUUUCGGAUUAACUAUAGAGAAUAUGCUUCAUGUGUCUUUCCUAGUGCGAGACGGAAUUGUUCAGCUAAAAAAGGAUGAGAGCACAGGUGCCCUAAUGCUGAUCCCUUGCACUAAAGACAUGAUAGCUCAGGCCAAAAAAUCCGGCAAAUCAGGCAGUAUUCAAAAUAUAUUGUCUAUAAAUCCAAAUCAAUGGCAAAUUUUAAUUAACCAUUAUGAAAUAAGUCAGCCAAUGAUCAAUUUCACAAGUGGAGGACAAUGAAAAUUGCAUCUAAUUUCAUCACAAAUUCGAAAAUGAACAGUGAUAUGAGAUAUUUUAUUUAGAAUUGUGUAUAUUUAAAAAAUUUUUAAUCCGGGAAGUUGUGAUUUGUUUUAAAAAAUGGUGCCUAAUUGUGUAUUUCCUAACUGUUGGUAAUAAAAUAUUAAGAUUUUUA